AGGUCGACGGCUGGCGGUGCCCGGAUGGGCAGCUGAGGAUUACCUUUGAGGUUAUUUUGAAAGUUUUGAGUUGUACAGCACUUGAUUAUUUUGCUGCAUUGUGGAAAGAUCUUUGCAGCAAUGAUUACUUCAGAGUUACCAGUGUUACAAGAUUCAACUAAUGAGACUACUGCCCAUUCUGAUGCUGGCAGUGAACUUGAAGAAACAGAGGUCAAAGGAAAAAGAAAAAGAGGUCGACCUGGCCGGCCUCCAUCUACAAAUAAGAAACCUCGAAAAUCACCAGGAGAGAAGAGUAGAAUUGAAGCUGGAGUUAGAGGAACAGGCCGUGGAAGAGCCAAUGGGCACCCUCAACAGAAUGGUGAAGGGGAACCUGUCACAUUAUUUGAAGUGGUGAAGCUGGGGAAAAGUGCAAUGCAGUCUGUGGUCGAUGACUGGAUUGAAUCAUAUAAACAAGACAGGGACAUUGCACUUCUGGAUUUAAUCAACUUUUUUAUCCAGUGUUCAGGAUGUCGAGGUACUGUGAGAAUAGAGAUGUUUCGAAAUAUGCAGAAUGCAGAAAUCAUCAGAAAAAUGACUGAAGAAUUUGAUGAGGACAGUGGUGAUUAUCCCCUUACCAUGCCUGGACCUCAGUGGAAAAAAUUUCGUUCAAACUUUUGUGAAUUUAUUGGAGUCCUGAUUCGACAGUGUCAAUAUAGCAUAAUUUAUGAUGAGUAUAUGAUGGACACAGUAAUCUCGCUUUUGACUGGUUUGUCAGACUCCCAGGUCAGAGCUUUUAGGCAUACAAGCACUCUUGCUGCCAUGAAGCUCAUGACUGCUCUGGUGAAUGUUGCCUUAAACCUCAGUAUUCAUCAGGAUAAUACACAGAGACAGUAUGAAGCUGAGAGAAAUAAAAUGAUUGGGAAGAGAGCCAAUGAAAGGUUGGAGUUACUACUUCAGAAACGUAAAGAGCUACAAGAAAAUCAGGAUGAAAUCGAAAAUAUGAUGAACUCUAUUUUUAAGGGUAUAUUUGUUCAUAGAUACCGUGAUGCUAUUGCUGAAAUUAGAGCCAUUUGUAUUGAAGAAAUUGGAGUAUGGAUGAAAAUGUAUAGUGAUGCCUUUUUGAAUGACAGUUACCUAAAAUAUGUUGGCUGGACUCUUCAUGACAGGCAAGGAGAAGUCAGGCUGAAGUGUUUGAAAGCUCUACAAAGUCUGUAUACUAAUAGAGAAUUAUUCCCCAAGUUGGAGCUAUUCACUAACCGAUUCAAGGAUCGCAUUGUAUCAAUGACACUUGAUAAGGAAUAUGAUGUUGCUGUUGAAGCUAUUCGAUUGGUUACACUAAUACUUCAUGGAAGUGAAGAAGCUCUUUCCAAUGAAGACUGUGAAAAUGUUUACCAUUUGGUGUACUCAGCACAUCGCCCUGUUGCUGUGGCAGCUGGAGAAUUCCUUCACAAAAAAUUGUUUAGCAGACAUGACCCACAAGCAGAAGAAGCAUUAGCAAAAAGAAGGGGGAGAAACAGUCCGAAUGGGAACCUUAUUAGGAUGCUUGUCCUUUUCUUUCUUGAAAGUGAGUUACAUGAACAUGCCGCCUACUUGGUGGACAGUUUGUGGGAGAGCUCUCAAGAACUGUUGAAAGACUGGGAAUGUAUGACAGAAUUGCUAUUAGAAGAACCUGUUCAAGGAGAGGAAGCAAUGUCCGACCGUCAGGAGAGUGCUCUUAUAGAGCUAAUGGUUUGUACAAUUCGUCAAGCUGCUGAGGCACAUCCUCCAGUGGGAAGGGGUACCGGCAAGAGAGUGCUAACUGCCAAAGAAAGGAAAACUCAAAUUGAUGAUAGAAACAAAUUGACUGAGCAUUUUAUUAUCACACUGCCGAUGUUGCUGUCAAAGUAUUCUGCAGAUGCAGAGAAGGUAGCAAACUUGCUACAAAUCCCACAGUAUUUUGAUCUAGAAAUUUAUAGCACAGGUAGAAUGGAAAAGCAUCUAGACGCUUUAUUAAAACAGAUUAAAUUUGUUGUGGAGAAACAUGUAGAAUCAGAUGUUCUGGAAGCCUGCAGUAAAACCUAUAGCAUCUUAUGCAGUGAAGAGUAUACCAUCCAGAACAGAGUUGACAUAGCUCGAAGCCAACUGAUUGAUGAGUUUGUAGAUCGAUUCAAUCAUUCUGUGGAAGAUCUAUUGCAAGAGGGAGAAGAAGCUGAUGAUGAUGAUAUUUACAAUGUUCUUUCUACAUUAAAGCGGUUAACCUCUUUUCACAACGCUCAUGAUCUCACAAAAUGGGAUCUAUUUGGUAAUUGCUACAGAUUAUUGAAGACUGGAAUUGAACAUGGAGCUAUGCCAGAACAGAUAGUCGUACAGGCACUGCAGUGUUCCCAUUACUCGAUUCUUUGGCAGUUGGUGAAAAUUACUGAUGGUUCUCCUUCCAAAGAGGACUUGUUGGUAUUGAGGAAAACAGUGAAGUCCUUUCUGGCUGUUUGCCAGCAGUGCCUAUCUAAUGUUAAUACUCCAGUGAAGGAACAGGCUUUCAUGCUACUCUGUGAUCUUUUGAUGAUUUUUAGCCACCAAUUAAUGACAGGUGGCAGGGAGGGCCUUCAGCCUUUGGUGUUUAAUCCAGAUACUGGACUUCAGUCUGAACUCCUCAGUUUUGUGAUGGAUCAUGUUUUCAUUGACCAAGAUGAGGAGAACCAGAGCAUGGAGGGUGAUGAAGAAGAUGAAGCUAAUAAAAUUGAGGCCUUACACAAGAGAAGGAAUCUACUUGCUGCCUUCAGCAAACUUAUCAUCUAUGAUAUUGUUGACAUGCAUGCAGCUGCAGACAUCUUUAAACACUACAUGAAGUAUUACAAUGACUAUGGUGAUAUUAUUAAGGAAACAUUGAGUAAAACUAGGCAAAUUGAUAAAAUUCAGUGUGCCAAGACCCUCAUUCUCAGUUUACAGCAGUUGUUUAAUGAACUUGUUCAAGAGCAAGGGCCCAACCUAGAUAGGACAUCUGCCCAUGUCAGUGGCAUUAAAGAAUUGGCACGUCGCUUUGCCCUUACAUUCGGAUUGGACCAGAUCAAGACACGAGAAGCAGUUGCCACACUCCACAAGGAUGGCAUAGAAUUUGCCUUUAAAUACCAAAAUCAGAAAGGACAAGAAUACCCACCUCCUAAUCUGGCUUUCCUAGAAGUACUAAGUGAAUUUUCAUCUAAGCUUCUUCGGCAAGACAAAAAGACUGUUCACUCAUACCUAGAAAAAUUCCUUACGGAACAAAUGAUGGAAAGGAGAGAGGAUGUAUGGCUUCCACUCAUAUCCUAUAGAAAUUCUUUAGUCACUGGCGGUGAAGAUGACAGAAUGUCUGUGAACAGUGGAAGUAGCAGCAGCAAAACCUCCUCAGUAAGGAAUAAGAAAGGACGACCUCCACUUCACAAAAAACGAGUAGAAGAUGAAAGCCUGGAUAAUACGUGGCUGAACAGGACUGACACCAUGAUUCAGACUCCUGGCCCCCUGCCUGCACCACAGCUCACUUCCACUGUCCUGCGGGAGAACAGCCGGCCCAUGGGAGAGCAGAUUCAGGAGCCUGAGUCUGAACAUGGCUCCGAGCCCGACUUUUUACACAAUCCUCAGAUGCAGAUCUCUUGGUUAGGCCAGCCGAAAUUAGAAGACUUAAAUCGGAAGGACAGAACAGGAAUGAACUACAUGAAAGUGAGAACUGGAGUAAGGCAUGCCGUUCGGGGUCUCAUGGAGGAAGAUGCUGAGCCCAUCUUUGAAGAUGUGAUGAUGUCAUCCCGGAGCCAGUUAGAAGAUAUGAAUGAAGAAUUUGAAGACACCAUGGUUAUUGACCUGCCCCCGUCAAGAAAUCGGCGAGAGAGAGCUGAGUUGAGGCCAGAUUUCUUUGAUUCUGCAGCUAUCAUAGAAGACGAUUCAGGAUUUGGAAUGCCUAUGUUCUGAAGUCUGAAGAAAACUUACAAAUCUGGAACUCUAUUAUUUAGAGCUAGAGGCCUAUAUACUGUGAUAGCUUGUAUGGGGAAAAAAAACACUUUUGAUGUGAUCUGAUUUGUUUUUUAAUCAAAUGAUUAAGGUCAAUCUCUUUUUGCAGUGACAGAAGAGGCGCAUGUAAAUUACCCAAGGGAAUGUUGGUGAAUGUCACCUCAGAAAGACUGACCUGAAAAAUCAUUUGUGUCCUAUUAUUGGACUUAUCCCAGUACAGAUGUGUGUGUUUUUCUGGAGGGAGGAAGAAAUUUUAAAUUUUUAAAACAGCUGUCAAGAUAAACACUGUAAUACACCUGUUUUAUGAAAACUCAGCAUUGAGUAAAAAAAAAUAUUUUUAACUUUAUUUUCCUGUUGUACAAUUUAAGAACCGUUUUAACAUUUUGCCUUUUUAUGUUUUAAAAGCUAACCAUUUUUAUUAAACCUAUGAGUAAGCAGCUCACCCUAAUUGCCGAAGAGUGUUUUUGGAGCUCACUGGAUUUGGUUGACCAUGUGGAAUACGGGAUUAUGGAGGAGCAGAAUAUUGACAAGCUAUGAUGAAAUUCUGACAGUGCAUCUCUGCCAAAAACCACACACCCUCUGUGGACAUGGAUAUGAAUUCCCAGAUUUUAUAUACUCUUGAAUAAAAAGGUUUAUUUUUAUUUAUAAGGGGGCAUAAAAUAAGAAAUGUCCAUGCAGCCAUUUUUCCAACAGAUGCUGUACACCGUUCAUUUUAUAUAGAAUAGGGAGAU